AAUAAGCAGCUGAAGAUGGUUGAAUCAACAACAGUACCCUGUACUCUGGCUCAGAAGGCCUGGAUUCUCAAGUCCCCCGUGCUCCAGCGGUGUGGUAUAAGACGCCGACACAGGCUGAUUAAAAAAAAUCCCUGCAGAGAAGUCGUGGGAUUAAAGUAGACUGCUGUUUGUUGCAAAUGUUACGUGGAGAUGAAGCGACUGAGGAAAAAGCUACUCCCAGGGCGCUGCACCUCCCGGGCACUGGGUUUUGAAGAAGGUGCACAUUAGAUUAGAGUCCUUAAUUCGUGUUUUUUUCUCUCACUGCACGGAUACUGCCAGACCUGCUGGAUGCCUCAAGCACUUUCUGUUUUGCUGUUCGAUUUCCAGCAUCUGCAGGAUUCAUUGUUCAGCGCCGUCCGGAUCCGUGACGUAAACAAUCCGAAUGCGCAUGCGCCUAGCUUGGGACAAGAUGGCGGUUGAUUACCUUGGGCCGUACCCGGGGAGAAGACCCGAAACGGCAGUUUUUUUAAGGCUCCUGCCUCUCACUGGAGCGGAUUAUAAACCCUGUCCGUCCAUUCUCCAGUUCAUCCCUCCUCUGCUUCCUGGCCCUUACCGUUUGUGAAGGAGAAUCUCACCUUCGCUUCCACGGCGCAUCGCCGCUGUGUUGUGUGUAGGGACCCCUCAUCCCCGCGGGGAUUUCUGGUUUACAGAGAAAUAUAAGAUUCAAAAUUUCUGGGUGUUUUUUCUGAUUCCAGUUCUGGCAUCUUCCCAGCCGCAAGAUACAGCAGGAGAUUUUACAUUUAAUAAUGAUGAAAUUGUUUCAGAGGUUCUCUCUUCCUUUUUGUUCUGUUUUAAAUCAAUUUCACAGGAUGUUGGAAGGGGAGAGACCAUUAAGAAGCUCUUAUUGUGGGACUAGUUUCAGCUGAUCAUCUGACCUCACUGUACAUCAGAAAGUUCACACUGGGAAAAGACCGUCUUGCACGAAGUUUGGGAAGAGAUUCAUUCAGUCAUGCCAUCUGCUGAGACUCCAGUGAGUUCACUCUGGGAAGAGACCGUUCAGCUGCACCAAGUCUGGAAAGAGAUUCUCUAAAUCAUCUGUCCUGCAGACUCAAACAGUGAAUUCGCAUGUAGCCAAGGCCAGGAAGACCCAGGCCAAACAUCAUUGCUAUAGAUGAUUGUGUGAACUGAUAAUGUCAUCCACAGGAGUCUGGGAAAAAGGAUCAGAAAAAUAAGUUGGAAGGUUGAGAAUGAGGUGAAUGGAGUAGGGAAAAAAUCAAAACAACAGAGUAAUUGACCUGAAUGACCAGUUUGUUUGUUUCAUAUUCUAAGUUUUUCAACUAAAACUCCUUUUACAGCAUAUUCAGAGGAUUGUAUUUACUGACCAGAAUCAUGAUAUCAAGAUCUGACACAGCCAAUUCUUCAGGAUCCGAACAUUAUCAGCCCCUUGAAUGUGGAGAGAAGAUUUUAAAUAUCAGUGUGACAGACACGCACGUGAGUAAGAGUAUUCCAGUGGACUGACUGUGGAAAGUACAUUAAGUAGUUACUCAGCCUAAAAAUAAUUACACCAUCCAUGCUGUCUGCGCAUGUCAGUUUCUGUCAGUCACUGAAAAUGGAAAGACUCAAUGUCACCAACACCAUGGAGAAACCAUGGAAUUGUGGGAAGGGAUUCUCUUACCCAUCAGAUUUGGAAACUCAUCAAUGCAGUCACACUGGGGAGAGGCCUUUUAGCUGCUCUGUGUAUGGGAAGGGAUUCACUCAGUUGUCCAGCCUCUACAUGCACAAUAGCAUGUUCACACUGGAGAAAGGCCGCUCACCUGCUCCAUGUAUGGGCAGGGAUUUAAUGUGGAUCAACCCUCCAGACUUUCGAACAGCUUCACUCUUAUGAAAGACCUUUGAAAUGUUCUGACCAUGAGAAAAGUUUUAAGAGCAGGGGAGAGACUAUUCAAAUGCAACGUGUGUGGGAAAGGAUUCAUUCAGUCAACGCAUCUCCUGAUACACCAACUUGUUCAUCCUGAUGAGAGACCUUUAAAAUAUUCUGACUGUUUGAAGCGCUUUAAAAGUAAAAAGGAUUUACUGAACACCAUGGUGCUGUAGUUGGUGAGAAACUGCUUAUCUGCUCUGUGUGUGGGAAGGGAUUCACUUGUUCUUCCUACUUCGUCCUACCUUCUAACGCAUCAACUUGUUCACACUGAUGAGAGACUUUUUGGGCGUCCUGACAGUGAGAAGAAAUUUAAAAGCAGAAAACAUCUUCUUAAAUACUAUUACAUUCACACAGCGGAGAGGCCAUCUCCCUGCUCUGUCUGUGGGAAAGGAUUUACUCAAUUAUCCCAUCUGCUGAGACACUACCGAGGCUGUUCUCCUGUGUUGAGUGUGUGCAGGAAUUUGUUGAUUCAUUCAACCUUCUGAUCCAGCAGCAGGUUCACACUGGGAAGAGGCUGUACACCUGCUUCCUGUGCGGCAAGAGAUUCACUGAAUCAUCCCACCUCACAACACAGCAACUUGUUUGCACCUUCCCAAUGUUCUGACUCGAGAAGGGGUUCAAAAAUAAACGGAAUCUGCUGAAACAUCAACAUAUUCACACUGGGGAGAGACCUUUCAUUUGUUGUACAUGCAGGAAAGGAUUCGUUCGGUCACACAAUCUCCUGAGACACCAGCAACUUUGCCUGAGAGAGCAGCAAUUAGAUUCUGCUGUUAACUCUGUCCAGGACUGAAUCUUAUCUGGCUGCCCAUUUCCAGUGGGAUUUCUACAUCUUUGUGGUAUACAUAUCAAGGAUUUAGAUUUCAGUUAGUGGUCAGAUGAAGCAGUUUGUAAAUAUCACAGAAGUUGGCCGUGUGGUGGACAAUGAGGAAGAAAACUGCAGACUGCAUGAUGUCAAUAGAUGACUCAAGCAGACAGAGACAUGGCCAACGGGAUUCAUUCUGGAGAUAAUUAAUCUGGGAGGGCAGGGGCGAACAGGACAAGUAAAUGCACAAUAAUUGUUUGGAUAAUGAGGAGCGUGGAGUAACAGCAAGCAGUCCGAGUGAUGUCCACAGAUUCCCCAAAGGUGGCCGGAGAGGCCGAUAAGAAGAUGAUGCAGGACCUUUCCACAUCUUUCGGUUUUCCAGGAUUUCUGAUGGAUGAUAGCCAAGUCGCGAGUGACUUUACCAUUAGGAUAUUAAUUAAGAAUAAUUUGCAGACUGGAAUAUCGAAAACGUUCUGGUAGUCAGAGGAGUCAUCAGGAUCUGAAUAUAAUUGGCAUUUCACUGUCGAAAGUAAAAGGAUUUUGAACAUCGAAGGAAAAAGCACUGUUCACACUGGGAAGAACUCACAUCAUGUGUGUCCGGAAGAGUCUGUGGAGAUUCCUCUGAAAUGUCCAAACGUCAGCUCGGUCACAUGAGGGAGAGAAUGUGGAAAUGUGGGGUUUGUGGGAAGGGAUGUCUUUCCCCGUCCAAGCUGGAAAUUCACCAACGCAGUCACACUGGGGAGAAGCCAUUCACCUGCUCUGAUUGUGGAAAGGGAUUUGCUCGGUCAUCCAACCUGCUAAGGCAUGAGCGAGGUCACACGGGGGAGAGACCAUUCACGUGUUCCCAGUGUGGGAAGGGAUUCAGUGAGUCAUCCAGCCUGAGGGUGCACCAACGCAGUCACACCGGAGAGAGACCAUUUAUCUGCUCUGAUUGUGGGAGGGGAUUUACUCAGUCAUCCAGUCUGCAGAUACACCAGCGAGUUCACACGGGGGAGAGACCAUUCACCUGCUCUGCUUGUGGGAAAGGAUUUGCUCGGUCAUACAGCCUGCUGUUGCACCAUCGAGUUCACACUGGAGAGAGACCAUUCACCUGCUUGGAGUGUGGGAAAGGAUUUGCUCGGUCGUCCAGCCUGCUGGAACACCAGCAAAUUCACGCUCGGGAGAGACCGUUCACCUGCUCUGCUUGUGGGGAAGGAUUCAGUCUCUCGUCUAAACUACUGGAACAUCAGCAUGUUCACACUGGAAAGAGACGAUUCACCUGCUCUGCUUGCGGGAAAGGAUUCACUUGGCCAUCCAGCCUGGUGCAACACCAGCGCAUUCACACCGGGGAGAAACCAUUCGCCUGUUCUGAAUGUGGAAAAGCGUUCAGUCGUUCAUCCAACUUGCAGAGACACCGGCAAGUUCACAGUGUGGAGAAACAUUCACUCAGUUAACUCGCCUGCUGGUACCGCAGCCAUUUACCACUGUAGAGAGACUGUUCACUUGUUUUGUAUGUGGGAAAGGAUUUCAAACUUAACACACCAGUGAAAUGACACCCAUUGGCUCCCAUUCACCUAUGUUUGUGUUUGUUAAUACACCAGCAAAUUCACAAAGAACCACAGGUGAAUAGUUUUGUUUUUGCAUACACCAAGGAAGGAGCCCCUGGUCAUUAGGCUAUCUGAACUGAUGUUUUUAAACUCUGCUGUACUAAAAGGGCUGAUAUUGUCAACAAACCGUUGCUACAAUUGUGUAUCUGCAGGAUCGUAUUUGAAAAUAAUCACGAUGUGACUGCACAUCACCAUGUUUACACUGGGUAAAGACUGUCCACCUGUAUUUUGUUUGUAGAGUGAUUUUUGAGGUUCGUCAGGAUUGGUUAAACAACAGCGAGUUCCCCAGUAACUGUCAGCAUUGGAUUUUGAUGCUAUUGUGAUUCAAAUCCAAGUCAUCCCUUCUUGCCCUAUUUCUGAUGAUGUUGUAAGCACCACUGGUUCAGUUACCCGUUUGGGAUAAAAGAAAUACAAAUCUAAAAUUUAA